AUUAAUUUUAAAAUGGUCAAGAAUGUUGCUUAAGAGAGUGUCAACUAAAAACUCUAAUUGGUUGUUAGAUCAGGAAAGAUCACCAUGGGUUACAAGUAAACCUUGAAGGCCAUCAGAAAUGGAACUGCCAAGCUUGUAUUCAUUUCAAACAAUUGUCCCACAAUCAGAAAGACCCAAAUUGAAUACUAUGCCAUGUUGGCUUAGAUCACCAUUGUUUUAUAUCAAGGAAACAACGUCGAUUUAGCUCUUCCUAAUUGA